CUUUAUCAGCCAUUGCCGGCUGCCACCGGAAAGCCAGCGGGCGGGAGCCAGAGGAAGAGGCAGCCAUGGAAGACUCGACCAUGGUUAAACUAGACCAGAGUACAAACCAGGUUUCCACAGGUCGGGGGAGAAGGUGCGUCCCCAAAGCACUUGGUUAUGUCACCGGUGACAUGAGAGAAUUAGCCAACUGGCUUAAAGAUAAGCCUGUGGUGCUCCAGUUCAUAGACUGGUUUCUUCGAGGCAUAUCCCAAGUGGUGUUUGUCAGCAACCCCAUCAGUGGGAUCCUGAUUGUGGUGGGACUCCUGAUCCAGAACCCAUGGUGGGCUCUCAAUGGUUGCUUGGCAACAGUGAUCUCUACUCUGACAGCCCUCUUGCUCAGUCAAGACAGGUCAGCCAUAGCAGCUGGACUACAAGGCUACAAUGCCACCUUGGUGGGCAUUCUCAUGGCUGUCUUCUCGGACAAGGGUGACUAUUUCUGGUGGCUGCUAUUCCCCGUGUCUGUUAUGUCCAUGACAUGCCCAGUUUUCUCCAGUGCAUUGUGCUCUGUGUUCAGCAAGUGGGAUCUUCCCGUCUUCACGCUUCCUUUCAACAUGGCACUAUCGAUGUAUCUUGCAGCCACAGGACAUUAUAAUCCAUUCUUCCCAAGCAAAUUAUUCACACCUGUAACCUCGGUCCCCAAUAUCACCUGGUCUGAGCUCAGUGCCCUGGAGCUUUUGAAGUCACUUCCUGUGGGGGUUGGUCAGAUAUAUGGCUGUGAUAACCCAUGGACAGGGAGCAUUUUCUUAUGUGCCAUUCUGCUGUCAUCCCCACUCAUGUGUCUGCAUGCUGCCAUUGGAUCAUUGCUGGGGGUAGUGGCAGGACUCAGCCUUGCAUCUCCAUUUGAGAACAUCUACUCUGGACUCUGGGGUUUUAACAGUUCUCUCGCUUGCAUUGCAAUUGGAGGAAUGUUCGUAGCACUGACCUGGCAAGCCCACCUCCUGGCUCUUGCCUGUGCCCUGUUCACUGCCUAUCUUGGAGCCAGCAUGACACACCUAAUGGCUAUGGCCAGGUUGCCAGCUUGUACCUGGUCCUUCUGUUUGGCUACACUGUUAUUCCUCUUGCUGACCACGAAAAACCCCAACAUCUACAGAAUGCCACUCAGCAAAGUCACUUAUCCUGAAGAGAACCGAAUCUUCUACCUCCAAGUCAAGAAAAGGAUGGUUGAAAGUCCUCUGUAAGAGCAACCCCGCCCUCAGCCAUGGUCACAAAGUCAUUUCUAACAAUAGCUCCAAUUGACUUCUGGGGGCCCAGCCACUCUUGUUCUGCACCAGGAACAAUUUUCAUACUAAUGACCAGCGAUCUUUUCUUUUGCCCACUGCUUGCUUUUCCUUUAGACUUCAGGAAUAUCCUUGCACAUCUGGGAGCCACAUCCAGAUGAUGUGGAAUCUUAAGCCCCAGUGGGGUGUGGCACUGAGACUGUAAUGUAUUUAUAGAGCCAAAGGGCUCUGUCAGAAAAAAGGAAAUGAAAGUAGAAUAAUCCUUGAUAUUUAUUGAUAUUCUUGAUGUUUAGUUGGCCAGAAGAUGUUAACAGUAUUAAAAGUUAAGCUCUGUAAACCAACUAAACCUUACGGAAUGCACAGUCACAAAAGCAAAGUCAAUCCAGACUUCUCAGAUAUGCUGUUUGUCUUUUUUAAAAGUCAGUGUGGGUUACACAUUGCAGCUGUGGUCUACGUGGUGUGAGGGAUGAGGCUGACUCAAGGGCUUAAGCAACUUGAAGCUAUUGGAGCUCUGCAGCAGACUAGCCCCCAUGCUAGUAUGUGUUUGUGCACAUGCAUGUGUGUACACAUACAUGCACGUGCAUGUGAUUGUCUUUCAGGAAGAUGGUUGGUUUUGUUUCUGGCUGGCAAACUGCAGGAGGGAGAAAAGGAUUUAUUUCUAUCAAUAUUGUUCUGUAUUGCCACUUCUCUUGGAAAUUGCAAUGGAAUUUUUUGGUAGAAUUCUUUUUUUUUUUUUAACAAGAAAAGAGUUGUUUACAGUGAGAUAAGAUAAGAAAGGUUCUGGGCUUAACCAGCUCUUAGAUAUUAAAGAAACUUUACAUAUUUAUAAAAUAUUCCACAGUUAUUUUGACUUAAAUCCCUAUGUUGAUUUUGUAAAUGCCAUCAACACAGAAUCAUGCUUGGCCUCUAGAGCCCUUUGAAGUCACAUUUUUUCUUGUUAUUUUGAGGAUGUCUUAUAAACACUGCUAAAGUUAGGUUGCUCAUAGUUACAACUGAAUAUCUUCUUUCUUUCUUUUUUCUUUCUUUCUUUCU